AUCUCUUCCCCUCUGUCUCCUCUCACAGGGAGAAGAUGAUCUGCAGCAUCCUGCUGCUCAUCAUCCUGACCUCCUGUGUCUCUGGAACAUUAGUAGUGAAUGUGACCCAGACCUCCUAUCAGGCAGAGGAGAACCACCACAUCACACUGGAGUGGACCUUCACAACCAACCCUCACACUUCCCUCGACUCUCUUUCUAUCUUCUGUGAACUGUUAACUGAUCUCAAGAAUCCAGGCCUGUUUCAUCUCCAUGAAGGAGUUGAGGUCCCAGAGUCUCAGGAUGAACAGUUUGCAGGACGAGUCCAGUGGGACAAAGACGUCCUCAGAGAAGGACGACUCAGACUUCAUGUGUCCAGACUCAGGACUGAAGACUCGGGACUGUACCUGUGUGAUGUGCUCACAGAUUAUGGGAGUAACUCUGGUAGAUGUUGGCUCAAUGUCACUGCAGCGAGGGAUCGGCCUGAACCUGAGACACCAAACACAACAAGUCCACCAAACACAACAAGUCCACCACAACCAGAGAGUCGGGGAAGGAUCGGUCUCUACUGUGGACUGGGACUGACAGCAGCUCUGCUGGCUGAUUCCAAGGACCACAGGACUGAACGACAUCAGACCCGAUGCCCUGACCUCUGUGGUUAUGACGAUGCAGUAAACCUGGCCCUCCACUACAUCCUCCAGCACCUGGACUCUGCAGGAACCUACGCCGGGAUCCUGUUUGUGGAUUUCAGCUCUGCCUUUAAUACCAUCAUCCCAGCUCUGCUCCAGGAGAAGCUCUCCCAGCCUGGUGUGCCUGACUCCACCUUUAGGUGA